UUGUUUUUCGAAUCAACUGACCUUGGGGGGGGGCCGGGGUUGGGCUGUGGGAUGGGGAACUGAUUGGGCCGUGACUGACUUGUGCUAAUUAUCCUAGAUGCCCUGGUCUUCUGUCCAUGAAUCAUCAACUCAUCAAACUUGUUAAAUUCAUUGGACGAGGCUCUAGAUGCAUGAGAAAACAUGGGUAUUGGCCCGAACUUAGUUCGACUUUCCUUUAACCCCCCAGACUCUCACGCUGUCCAACCCGAUUUAACUUAAACUUUUUUCAGUAACGAAUGAAGUCGCCAAAGAUUUUGAGAUGAAAUAUCGUGAUUGUAUACCCGAUUUUCUAGUGCUAACUGAUUGUCAGGAUAAAAUCAAAAAAUCGAUUGCUUAUGGAGAUGAACAGCUUAAAUUAAUUGAAGAUCAAAUAUCUAUUGUUGAGAAGACUUUGGAUACUUCAAAGAAUGAUUGUCCUGAUGCCAAGAAGAACAUUAUCGAAGAUUUUCUCAAAAGAUUGGCAACUCUUAGCGAAAUUGAGAAGUGUCUGACUGCUCUUUCUUUGCUUCCUGAUAGUUUGGAAGUUGAUGUUUUGGCAAAUGUUCGGAUGAUUUUGCGGCUGGAUGAACUCACAAAGGCAUUGGAAUCGGUAUUUUUUAGAGGUUUUUGGGAUUUUAAUGGAAAGGUGGGAGCCGGGACGCGCCCGAAUAGGCACUGUUAAUCAGCAGGUCUCUAUGUGUACACCCCUUGGGGUUGGAAAAAGAUCGUUCCAAUAUUGGGUUAUCGCCUAUGUAAUCCAUUAUCGGUUAGAUAAUCCAACAAUAGCCCUAUUAAGGCGUUUUUCAUCCCCAAGGGCUUACAUCAGGGGUGUCGGCAAAUGAAAAAAAUUUUUUUCAGCCGCAAUCCGCAAGUCCAAAAACCACGCAAUUUACGCAAUCCGCAAUUUCGGACAUUAUUGUUUUACAUCCUCCGUCGACAGUCUGCCUUAAUUUUAAUAAACGUACUAUAAAUCGGGUUAACUCUAAAACACUGGUCCUGUAAGAUUGAUAAAAUCUC